AUUUCCAUUUGAUUUCCGACUGUAGAAGAAUUUUAAAAACAAUUGUGUUUGACGAGACACUACACUUACGUUUUACUCUACACUUAGUUAGCUUUUGCCGAUAUUUUAUUCACAGUUUAAAACUUACUCUCUCCAAAAAUUCAAACGUGAAAUAUUCGUGUUUAAUGUACUAAUAGACUAUCAUCCAAAUUUAUAAGUUAACAUUUAGUUCAUGAACUACUUUAAUAGUGAUGAUUUGGAACGCUACAGAAAAAAGUUGUUUUGUAUAGUGAAGGAGACGACUUUUUAUUAAAAGUUAGUUAAAUUACUAAAAAUGAAUACGUUAGGAGUUCUUAUGUGGAAACAUAUGGUGGUUAGGAAGAGAAGAUUCAUCCACACUACAGUUGACAUAUUAUCUCCUUUAGCAUUCUUUGUGCUCCUGUAUUUAUUUAAGGGAUAUAUAACCUCUGGUAGGAGAUCUGCGAUGUCUGAUGAGUUUAUAGUCCAAAAUACUGAACCAGUGGAUUUAGACAAGUUGCAAGGGCCCACAGCUGUAUUCUACAGCCCUGACACAGAUCUCACUGGCCUCCUCAUGGACCAGGUCGGUGAAAGCUUACACUUGCAGAGGAAGAAAUACACUCCAGGUUAUCUUGAGGAGUUUGGAUACAUGCCCUUCCAAAAUCUAUCUGAUAUACUUGAUGCUAAUAGGAAGCUAACAGAUACAGAUGCCAUAGUAUUGUUUGAAAACAUGAACAGCACGUGGCCUGAACGACUAAACUAUACCAUCAGGAUGAAAGGUGACUUCCAGACGAACAAAGUGACCGUCAACGACGAGUCCUUGGGGCCACACGAGAGCUUCGGUACGAUAUAUGAGCCCUUCAUGAGACUGCAGUGGGCCAUAGACACCAGCUACCUCAAACUGUUAUCCGGCUCCGACAUCAAACAGCGUGUGACGAUCCAAGAGUUUCCUUACGUUCGCCAGCAAGAAGUGCCAGCAAUAAAGAACGUCUGCAACCUUCUGCCCUUCAUCUGCUGGAUAUCCUUACUGCUGACAUUCGUGUAUGUAAUGUCGAAGCUUCUGGAAGAAAGGAUCACUGGUAUUCAGGAGCUGAUCAAAAUGGCGGGAGUGUCAAACUUCCAGAUAUACCUGUCCCAUUUCCUAAAUAUGUUGCCUGUCGGCGUGAUUUUCUGUGUUUUUGGGACCCUCGUUAUGACACUGACCGCCACUCCCAUCAUACCACAAACCAGCGCCUUUCUCAUCAUGAUAUUCUUGAUUUUGCACUUUAUGAACGUGAUGUGUAUGGCGUAUUGUAGCAAUUUCCUCAUCACCAACACUCAGUACUCGACGUCAGUGGCGGCUGUGGUGUACAUCGUCGCGGAACUUCCAAUAAGCUUAAUUGGAAAAAGCUAUCCUACCUGGGCGCGGCCGAUCGUAGGAUUGUUACCCUUUAUGCCCUUGCACUGGUUCUGGUGGGAGGUCGGCGAGAUGGAAGCGUACGGGAAGGGCGCUGGAUUCGGAUCUAUUGCGACGAUCCACGACGCUGGAUCUGGUAGUAUCUUGGCCGCCUUCGCCUUCUUGCUGGUACAAUCAGUGAUUUUCCUCUUACUGGGCUGGUACCUGUCACUCAUCAACCCUGGACCUUACGGACAACCGCUGCCCAUUAACUUCCUCUGUAGCUCGAGUUUUUGGACUAAGAAGCAAGUUGUCCCUGAGGAGACGAUCGAGGAGGAAACUGAACUCGCAGAAAGGCAGGACCCCGCGUACUUUGAAACUCCGCCCAAGGACAUGUAUCCCGGGAUUAGAAUCGUGAACGUGUCCAAGGUGUUCCCUAAACACCGCGCACUGAAUAAAGUAUCCUUGGACGUGUACCGCGGAGAGAUCACAGUACUGCUGGGACACAACGGAGCCGGGAAGACUACGCUGAUGUCAAUAAUAACGGGAAUGAUGAAUGCGACUGAGGGUAAGGUAUACGUGGAGGGGUACGACACGACCACCCAGAAGAGCCAGAUGAGAAAGCUGCUGGGUCUGUGUCCACAACACAACCUGUUCUUCCCGGACCUCACCAUACAGGAGCACGUGAUUUUUUUCACCAUGCUCAAGGGGAGCUCGUAUCAAGAGGCGGGCCAGUCAUCGGCGAAGCUGCUGCAACAGCUGGGGCUGGGAGACAAGAUGUCGGCGAACAGCAGCGACCUGUCCGGCGGCAUGAAACGUCGUUUGCAGCUGGCUUGCUCAUUGGCGGGAGAAGCGGCUGUACUGAUCCUGGACGAACCGACUUCUGGACUGGACGUGGAAACUCGCAGGGAACUCUGGGAUCUGCUGUUGUCGCUCCGCGGCUCCCGCACAGUCCUGCUGUCGACUCACUUCAUGGAGGAGGCGGAUGCUCUCGGCGACCGCGUGGCAGCGCUGCACUCCGGCAGGCUGGUGUGCCACGCCACCACCAUGCACCUCAAGAAGGCUAUCGGGACCGGCUACCGUCUGUCGUGCAUCACCGUGGGCGUCCCUAACGAGCCCGCCAUCACCUCCCUCAUCACGUCCUACGUGCCGGACGCGACCCUCAAAGAGCAGACCCUCAACUCCCUCUCGUACAACCUCCCAUCGAAGGACACCAGCAAAUUCCCAAAACUCUUCAACAGCUUAGAAUCAAAAAAAUCCGAAUUGGGAAUCAACUCUAUCGGAGUCGGCAUUUCGACGCUGGAGGAAGUGUUCUUGAAACUAUGUAGCGACACAAGCGCUGGACUGACGCUCGACGAGGUGGACACGGGACCCAGUGAACCCCAGUACGAGGUCCUCACGGGUAUGAACCUGUGCGCGCGCCAGUUCGUGGCGCUGGUGAGGAGACAGCUGAAAUAUUUAAACGCGAGGAGAUCGAUUUUUUUGACUGUGAGUGUACUGCUGCCGAUCAGCAUGAUGUUACUAAUGACCUUCGCAUUGAACACCGACAAGGCAAAGGAACAGAGUGACGACAGCGUGGCCCUGGACCUGGACCUGUACACGCAGCCGCACAGGAGGGUCAUGGUGAACGUGGAACCCGGAACCAACGUCAGGGCCCUCGGAGACUCCUACCCCACCGUGGACUUUGAACUCACCAGCGACGUGGCCGACGCGAUCUUCCGAACCAGCAAGAAGGAUGUGUUUGAAUACAACAAAUACCUGGUCGGCAUCGAACUGAACGAGACGCACGCCAAUGCGCUAUACACGACGGUGGUGCGUCACGCGGCGCCCGUGUCCUUGAGCAUGUUGUCCAACACCCUGGCGACCCUGCUGCUGCCGGCGGCGGACGGGCGGGUGCUCUCCACCCACAACGACCUCCAGGAACGGAAUUCCCAGCGCCUGAUCCAGCCCAAGUCAUCCACACACGCGAUGCUGUGGGGUAUCGUGAUCUGCAUCACCGUCUUGACCACCGCGGCCAACUACAUGUCUCUGGCGUGCAACGAGCGGGCGUCGGGCACCCGUCACCUGCACGUGCUGUCCGGCUGCUCGGUGGAGAUCCACUGGGCCGCGACUCUGUUGUGUCACCUGGUGCUGUGUAUCGUCACCCUGGCCCUGCCCGCCAGCAUCGCCCCGCUGCUCGACGAGGACAGCACCAUCGACGCUCCGGAAUUCAUGGGCGCCGCGUUCGUCCUGUUGGUGUGCGCGUUGCUGUCGUUCCUAUCCUUCACCUACUUCCUGAGCCUGUUCUUCAAAGAGAGCACCGCGGGGAUCGUCGCGAUGAUCUGCCUUAUACUAUUCGGUUUCUUCACACCGACUCUGAAGACGGCCACGGAGGCGGUGCAGCAGAAUCUAGACAGCUUCUGGGACUACCUGGUGCUGUUGGUGAGCUACACCAUGCCACCGCACACUUGCGUGCGCGGGUUCAUCAAGGCCACGGACGACGCCUGCGUCAACGCCAUGUGCAAGCUGAACAGACCAGACGGCUGCAAGCUGGAAGGACACCUCACCGGAGCCGACCUCGACAAAUGCUGCGUACAAAACAUAAACCCGAGAUGUUACAUGUGCUUCGACAAACACGCGCCCAUGGCUGAGUGUGCCGUCCUGCUGGGGCAGUUCGUGUUCUACAUGGCCUUGGUGAUUAUAUGUGAGAACGGUAUCCCGAAUAAAUUGAAAGAGAUGAUAUUCAACUCUUCGUACAGACCCACCAGCACCUCCGCCACGACCAUGGUGUCCGCUGAGAAACAAUACGCUGAUAAGGCGAUAGCACUGCCUCCCCGGGACAUUCCUGACGCGGUGUUGGUCAGCAACAUCUACAAGAGAUACUUCUCUGUCCUGUGCAAGCCGUUCGUAGCCGUCAAGGGACUCAGCUUUUCGGUUAAGAGAGGCGAAUGUUUCGGUCUACUCGGCGUGAACGGAGCGGGCAAGUCCACCACCUUCAAGAUGCUGGCCGGCCUCGAGUACCCCUCCAAAGGAUCCAUCUUCGCCAACGGACAGUUCAUGAGCCGCUCGAGCAGCAAGUACCUCCACUCUCUGGGCUACUGUCCCCAGUUCUUCGGUCUGGACUCGUUCCUGUCGGGUCACGAUAACCUGGCCUUACUGCUGACCCUCAAGGGACUCAGCCAGGACGACGUGGAAAGAGAAGUUGACACGUGGAUCAGGAUCGUGGGUCUCGAGCGCUACGCCCUCCAGGCCGUGUCGGGGUACUCCGGGGGCUGUGCCCGCCGUCUGUCCGCGGCGGCGUCGCUGUGCCCGGGAGCUCCGGUGGCGCUGCUGGACGAGCCCACGGCCGGCGUGGACGUAGCGGCCAGGAGACGAGUGUGGACCGCGCUCAGGAGGGCCGCGCCUAACAGAGCCAUCAUCAUCACCUCGCAUAGCAUGGACGAGAUGGAAGCGCUGUGCAGCCGCAUCGGCAUAAUGGUGGCCGGUCGCCUGAGGGCGCUGGGCUCGGCCGCGGAGCUGCGCGCGACACACGCCUCGGGACACGCCGUGCGCCUCAAGCUGUCGUCCCCCCUCACGGACGCUGACGAGACCGACAGCACCGUGUCGGACAUCGCGCGACUCAAGGCGACGCUCCACGACAUGUUCGAGUGCACGCUGAGGGACGAGCACAAGACGAUGCUGCACUAUCACAUAAACGAAACUCUACGAUACAGCCAGCUGUUCACUCAGCUGGAGCAGCUCAAGAGGGACUUCCCCUCCCUGGUGGAGGACUACGACAUCACGGAGACAACGCUCGAGGAAGUGUUCCUCACACUGGCUCGGGAACAGGAGGAGGAGACGUAUGAAGCGAGAGUCUAGGCUCGGGGAGUGUGGGAUAUGUUUUGAGGGAUGAGAAUGUGUAUGUAUGAGAGCCAUUACAAGAACAUUCUAACCAACUCAUGGCUGGAACAACGCCGCUUGUAUGGAUGAGAACAUCAUUUUUUCACUUGUGUAUAAACGAUCUUAAAUUUUAUAAGUUAAAGUUACGUGAUGCGCGUCAGUUCCGUACCCACCCUAACGUCUCGUGUUGCUCGCAUUAUUAUACAUUGUGAGAACUUAUCGUCACAAGUUUGCAUCUUACAUUAAUUUUAGUUUCCUCCAACAUUCCCGUAACGUCAGUCAUGUUACAAGUCUCACUUCAAAUAGUCAUGUAUUAAAAUGAUCUCGAACUGUCAAAAUCAUUUUGACACGAACAAAUAUGUCAUGGUAGAGCAUUUAGUUUUUUAAAUAAACUGACUCGUAUUUUGAUGAAUUUAGAUUUUGGUUAGUUUAGUAUCGAAAGUAUAUUACAUACACAUCAGUCGACGGAAAAAUAUGUUAGUGCUGUUUAAUAUAAAGGGCCAACAUAUAAAUGUAUGUUUGCGUCGCGCAUUUGAACUUGUCCAACAUGCAUAGAACCCUGAUAUAUAUUAAUAGCUGUACAUUGAGAGUUCACGAUGCGUUGGUACCGAAACCAGUAUUAAAUGAAACAUAUAUGUUAAGGCAUCUUGAUUUAGGAAAGCUUAUUAAAUUUCAAAAACUUACUCUAUGAUAUUUUGAUAUCCGUUUAUAACCUGCGUCGAGCAACCGCGACUGAACCAAAUAAUAUACUUAAGUUAGACAAUAUUAACAAGUCGAACGCAUUCCUUAAUAAUUUUAAUGUGUUUGAGAAGUGCCUACAUGGAUUUAUACGAUGUCAUAUUUGUAAAGCUUGUGUUUUACGAAGCUAAUUGUGACAUACAUUAUAUCCGUAUAUAAAGAUAUAAAUCUAAAUCAACUAGAGUUUUGUAAGUCCUUGAGAUAAAAUUUUAAAGACUGCUUUUGGCUAGCGUCACAUUUGAUUAUAAACUAAUUUAAUUUAUUCAUUGUUAUCAACAUAUUCGCACCUUCAUUUUUCGACGUUGUGCGCUCACCGUGUUUUACUUUGUACAAAAAUAUAUAUUAACGAAUUAAACUCUUUGUUUCAGCUAAAACACUGUGUUCAAUUUAUUAGAAUUUAUUUUCACGUGUUUGUGGUACUUAUUUGUCAAUGUGUUUUUACACUGUGUGUUAAGACUGUUCAGCAACGGCUUUUAUUGUAAUAAAUUAUUAUAAAUAUA